AGAAUACAGCAUACAGCCAAUAGGUAAAGAUAGAAUAUAGAUUCUUUUAACUGCACGAAUUACGAUGACUGACACAAAGGAAACAAACGAAACAAAAUUAAAAUCUCCUGAGAAGAAAGAAAUUUCUUCUGUUAAAAAAGGUGAAAAGAAAGGUCGAAUUAGACCAAGAAACUAUGACUUAGGAAAUGGUGUUUAUAGAUUUAGUCGUACUCGUAUGUUUCAUAAAAAAGCCAUUUACAAAUUUCUUAGCAAAAAAACUCCAAAAAGUGUUAAACCUAAAAAACCAAUUACUAUUGAAAAAAAAAUUAGUGGUGACAAAAAUGGAGAAAAACGUAUUGUAUUAUUAAAGAAAAGACGUGCAAAUUAUCCUACUGCAGAUCCAGUGACUGUACAUCAUGCCAAAAAAUGUUUUCGCGAUCACCGUCGUUAUUUGAGACCAUCUUUGAAACCAGGAACAAUUUGUAUUUUACUUGCUGGUGCUCAUAAAGGAAAACGUGUUGUUUUCUUAAAACAACUUAAGAGUGGUUUGCUAUUAAUCACAGGUCCUUUUUUGAUCAAUGCUUGCCCACUUCGUAGAGUUAGUCAAAACUAUGUAAUUGCUACUUCUACACGUAUUAAUAUUUCUGGUUUGAAAAUUCCUUCUCAUAUUAAUGAUGAUUAUUUUAAGAGAAAACGUGAAAAACGUGCGAAAAAAGAAGAAGGUGAUAUUUUUAGUAAAAAGAAAGAUGAAUAUAAACCAAGUGAUCAAAGAAAAGCUGAUCAAAAAGUGGUUGAUAAAUUUGUGAUUUCUGCUAUCAAAAGAAACAAGGAGAAAAAAAUGUUAUUUACCUAUUUAUCGGCGAUGUUUGGCUUAAGAAGUAGUCAAUAUCCACACAGAUUAAAAUUCUAAUUUUUUGUGAUUUGAAUAUAUAAAUACAGAAUAAACAAAAAUUAAUAUAAA